CGAUAGACAAAACAAGAAGCUUUAUUAGACUAACCAAACAGAGUACACGCGGCAAAACGCGUCCGAGUCGACUCAAAUCUCUGCACACUCCAACUCGCUCCCUUUCUUCCACCGAAGAAACGUUUGCACGGCGUUGUCGUGAAACGCUGCCGGUUCAUGUAAUCUGAACAAUCCAAAGUCGUUUCUUCCCGGCAAGUCUUUAAUCUCCUCGCAUUUCUCAGUCUCCUCGUAAUCUCUGAUCGCUUUAAUUUUCUUGAUCAUAAAUUAUGAAAGCUUCUUCCAAUCUGCCUCUGUAAUUCUUCACCUCUCACAGCAUGCAAUUGCGACCUGAAUUACUGUUUUUUUUUUCUUUCUCAAAAGAGAAAUUUUUUUGUUAAUUGCAUAGUUUAGGGAAUGUGAUUUGGAGAUUAGGGAUUUGUUGAUUGGUGAUUUGGGGAUUAGGGUUUUGUUGAUUGUGAUUUUGUAUCAGGAAUUUGAAGUUAAUUGGAUGUUAGUUAUUUCAGUUGAGUUUUUACUGCAUGUAAGUUGGGAAUCUUGAGUAAGGUUUUUUGCGUCAAACUAGCUUCUUUUUGUUUUUGAAUUAGAGAUCGCCCUUGGUGCGAUGGCAAGUGCCUUCGCCCUUGGUGCGAUGGCAAGUGCCUUCGCCCAUGAGCGGUAGGUCUCGGAUUGGAGACUUGGGAGCAGCCUCUCCAUAAAUAGGGGUAAGGUUAGCCGACAUUGACCUCUUCCAGACUCUGCGUAAAACGGGAGCCUUGUGCACUGGUUACGACGACUGAAUGACUGAAUAAGGCUUUUGAACUCUACAAACAUGAGUUUUGUGUUCCGGGGCACCAGAGCGGAUAUCGAAAGUGGGUUCCCGGAAUUCAUACCAGAGCGCCGUGCAAUGCGUGUUCAUCCACCACGCUCUGUCAAUUCCAACUCACUUGCUUUUCUUGUCACAGUUCUCUUGCUAUUCAUGAUACUGAACUCACACCAGAUGUCACCGAAUUUUCUGCUGUGGCUAGUUCUUGGUGUCUUUUUGAUGGCUACAACAUUAAGGAUGUAUGCAACCUGUCAACAACUUCAAGCUCAAGCACAGGCUCAUGCAGCGGCAGCCAGUGGCCUUCUUGGCCAUACUGAAUUGCGGUUGCGUAUGCCACCAUCAAUUAGCUUAGCAACAAGAGGGCGCCUUCAAGGCCUCAGACUUCAGCUUGCACUUCUUGACCGGGAAUUUGAUGACCUAGAUUAUGAAACUUUGCGAGCUCUGGAUUCCGAUAAUGUUCCAGCAGCUUCUUCUAUGAGUGAGGAAGAGAUAAAUGCUCUUCCAGUCCAUAAAUACAAGGCUGUGGGUCCUCAAAAUGGCGCUUCAUCGAUGCAACAAGCUUCAUCUUCAGUACCUUCUGAGAAGACGCAAGAAACUGUCGACGCUGUUGGGAGCACAAAAGCAAUGGAAGAUGAACUGACUUGUAGCGUUUGCCUCGAGCAAGUUACUGUGGGAGAACUAAUCCGCAGCCUUCCAUGCUUGCAUCAGUUCCAUGCUAGUUGCAUUGAUCCAUGGCUGAAGCAGCAGGGAACCUGCCCGGUGUGUAAAUUCCGAGCAGGAUCAGGGUUGCAUGAAAAUGGACAAGAUGGAAUGGAUGCCUCUUACAGGGUUUAAAUCAUAAGUGUAACUAGUAGAAGUAGGGUACCCACCUACAUAGUUAGGCACAUGAUGGAUCCGAUUCAAAGGUUAUGCCCAGCAUUGGCAUUGCUGUAAUUAUCUUGAUAUAUAGGCACUGGAAAUGGCUGAAUAUUAUGCCCUCAAAACAAGCAUGUUGUGUAUAUUUUAAAUAGCACUCCAAAAGUUUUCUGCCUU